AUGGCAACAAAUCAAGCUAGUAUGGAACAAAUUACAAAUGCCAGCACUAGUGGAAGUAACAAUAACACUAACGUAAACUAUUCCCUUUUGAAACUAUAUGUGGAUACUAUUCCUAAUUUUGAUGGAAAUCCACAUACUUUGGCUGUUUUUAUCAAUAAUUGUACAAGUUUAAUUAAUAAUUUCUAUAAAGAAGGUGAUGACAUUCAUAACAAUUUUAUAAGUAGGGCAAUUAUUGGAAAGUUAACUGGCAGAGCUCUAACUUUGAUUGGUUCCAGAGUAAAUGAAUUGGAAACAUGGGAAAAUAUAAAAAGCGCAUUAGAAUUAAGUUUUGGUGAUCAAAGAAAUCUUGAUUGUUUAGUUCAGGAUCUAAUUACAUUAUCUUCAAAUAAGGGCAAAACCCCGUAUAAUUUUGGUAUGCGUUGUCAAGAUGCACGAACUUUAAUAUUUUCUAAACUAAACACUUUAAAUCUAACAACAGCAGAUAAAGAAUUAAGAACAAAAAACUAUGACGAACUAGCUUUAAAAACUUUUAUUAGAGGUCUAACCGGAACUCUACAAAAUAAUAUUAGAAUUAGGAACCCCGAGAAUUUAGAAAAAGCAAUGUCUCUUGUAAUUGAAGAAGAAAACUUCCUUUAUAGUCAACAAAGAAGUAAUACCCUUAAUACCCAUAACUUUAGACCGACCCCAAGAAUCAUACCCUUUUCACAUAGUGGAAAUGCAAGAUCCCCUAAUUUCCCAAAUAACCAUAACGUCAUUCCCAGAAUAAAUCAACCACAAAAUAAUUUUCCACAAAAUAAUUUUAGACCCAACCACUUCCAGAAUCGACCCUAUUUCCCAAAUUUUAAUCAAAAUUCUUUUAGGCAAAUUGCUCCACAAAAUAAUUUUGCUCAGAGACCAGUUUUUGGACAAUCCCCUUUCUUUUCGAGAAACAAUGUUCCUCAAUAUAAUUUUAUGCAAAGACCCAAUUAUUUUAAUAGACCCAGCUCUAAUCAAGCUUACAAUCCAAAUAGAUUCAAUAACAACCAGAAUCAAAACAACGUCCAACAAUUACAUGAACCAAUGGACAUUUCAUCUGGCUAUUCCAGACAAAAACCCAAUCAAUUGAGGUACACGGAAAUUUCCAAUGAAUACGAUUAUGAUCAUGAAUUCGAUUAUGAUUAUAAUAACUAUAUAGGAAAUUACGAAGAACCUUAUCAAUAUGAUCCAUAUUAUAAUCAACCCGACAACAAUGUAAAUAAUACUGAAUCAUCAAAUGAUACUAUGGCAAGCAGUUUUACCCAACCCACACAAAACGAAAAUAUGCAUCUGCAUCUGCAUCAACAUUCUCAAAACGACGACAACGAUUCAGCAAAUUUUACUAUAGACCCAACCAACAAGGAAGCGACGUAA